AUGCCAACGCCAUGGGGAUUCCGGGCCGACCAGGGCCGAAUGCCAGUGUUCCAUUUCGAAAGUGUUUCCGGUGCUGCGAGCACUGCAAGUGCGACUGGUGGCCGCGCUGCAUGGACGAACUGGAGCGGGGCAUCUGCGCGGGGGCUGCUUGGCUGA